AUGGCGGACCCGUCGGUGUGCUCCUUCAUCUCCAAAAUCCUGUGCGCCCAUGGGGGCCGCAUGGCCCUGGCCGCGCUGCUCGACGAGAUUAAGCUCUCCGAGGCGCAGCUCUGCGAGGUGUUGGAGGCGGCCGGGCCCAACCACUUCUUGGUGUUGGAGACCGGCGACAGGGUCGGGGUCACCCGGUCGGUGGUGGCCACUACCUUAGCCCGCGUCUGCCGUCGCAAGUACUGCAGAGGCUGCGAAAACCUGCACCUCUGCAAACUCAAUCUGCUGGGCCGGUGCCACUAUUCGCAGUCGGAGCGGAAUUUAUGCAAAUAUUCUCACGAAGUGCUCUCAGAAGAGAACUUUAAAGUUCUGGAGCAACAUCAGAUCUCUGGACUGAACCAAGAAGAAUUAGCAGUGCUUCUCAUCCAGAAUGACCCUUUCUUUAUGCCCGAGAUAUGCAAAAGUUACAAGGGAGAAGGUCGAGGACAGAUCUGUGACCAGCAGCCACCGUGUGAAAGGCUGCACAUCUGCGAACACUUCACCCGGGGGAAUUGCAGUUACGCCAACUGCCUCCGGUCUCAUAACCUGAUGGACAGGAAGGUGCUGGCGGCCAUGAGGGAGCACGGCCUGAGUGGGGACGUGGUGCAAAACAUCCAGGACAUCUGCAACCACAAGCACAGCCGGAAGAAACACGGGCUUCGAGCUCCUCCGGCCCAUCGUCGGGACGCGGCUCGCAGGGGUAGAGGCAACGCGGCAUAUCGAGGUCGAAGCAAGAGUAGAGAUCGAUUCUUCCAGGGCGGCCAUGAAUUUCUCGCACCCGUCUCAGAUCCGACCGAGAGAUGCGACACACCCAGUCCAGAUCUAAUUAGCCGCAGGUCCCCCCCGGACAACGGGCCUGUCGACGAUCUCACCUUCAAGUUCGCGCAUUUGGGAAGUCAAGAUGGCCCUCAGCCUUCCUCGGCUUCUUCUAAGGCCGCCAACCUCGGAGGAGCUGGGCAAGUGGGAGGAAGCCAGAGGUUUUCGGAGAACGGCAGUCUAGAGGGCCUCUUGUACGGCAGCCACGGCGGCACUCCGCCCGCCUCUGAUUUCGCAUCAGCUCCCAAUUGGAAGGGCCCCAUGUACUGGCCGAACGACCCAGACGCCAGCGGUGAAACUGGAACCACCAGUAAGAGUGCGGGCAUGCAUUCCUCAGGCCACGUGAAGAUCGAGGGCAAAAGUGGGAGUCAAGAUGUCCAGCAUUUCCAGCUUUUUAGUAAUAAUUUUGAUGGAAUGGCCACAGAUACCACUUCCACGGGUUCUUUAAGUUACAGAACUGCAACCCUCAGAGAGAGAGAAAAAUGGCUGCGUUGGAAUCAGGAAAGUGGAGCCACUCACCCUCAUCUCAACACCCUCCUGCCGGAUGACAGUAAACACGGAGAGAAGGUGUUCCGGGCUGGUGAGCCAGGCCAGAGCACACCGAAUGGCCCAGGCAAAGUUGCCUGUGAGACUACUGGUGCCACUGGUUUUGGCUUCACAUCGGCCGCCAGGGCGGAUAACGAUGCCUUGCGCUCCGCAAGUCAGAAUCUGAGAACCCAGCUCCUGCCCACCCUUGGGGAGACCACCGGCCCCACAAAAGUCAGCUCUGCGCCCAAGGUUCUGCCUUUGUCACCAUCCUCAAGCAAUGGAGCUGCAGCCUGUGAGGCCUAUGGCCAGAACUCUGUUAAAAUCUCUGUCACCUCUGCCAAUAAGCUUGCAAGGAAGACCCCAGACUGUGUUCUGAAUUCCCUGCGUGACAUCGCAUGUGACUUGGAUGGUCACAGCUCAGAGGAAAUUUGUCUUGACCAUCUGAAUAAGUGCUGUCAACUUAAAGACUGCAACAAAGUUCACUUCCACCUGCCCUACCGGUGGCAGAUGUCAAUGAAAAACACCUGGGUGGACCUCCAGCCCAUGGAGAAUAUCGAGAAGGCCUAUUGUAACCCCGGAUUCAGCGAUGUUUCUAUCGGAACUUUGCAACUGAACUUCCAGAAGAUGACUUGUAACCAUAAUCGCAUCCGACGGAUCUCCACGCCAUCGUCCGUCACGAUGCCAAACAACGCCUUCGCCACAAAAUGGAUUUGGUACUGGAGGAGCGGCUCCAACAGAUGGGUUCAGUACGGGGAGCAGGGAGGCAGUCAGCAAAUCUCGAGCAUCGACUCUUCAUACCUGGAAUCUUUGUACCUGUGCUCUCCGAGGAGCAUUGUGCCGUUCCAGGCAGGCUCCCAGAACUACGAGCUGAGUUUCCAAGGGAUGAUUCAGACAAACGUAGCCUCCAAGACCCAAAAGGAUGUCCUCAGAAGACCGACCUUCGUGACCCCCUGGGCCGUGCAGCAGAGGAGAGCUGGGCCAGACCAUCAGCCGGCGCAGACCCAGCCAGAGACGUUACCCUCGGCAUUUGUUUCUCAGUGGAAGUCAUCCUUCACCUCAUCGAAUGCAUACGAGUUGGUAGAGCUCAGUAACCAUGACAUAGAAUAUACCAGAAUAAGUGAGCAUUUUAAAGCGACGAUGAAAACGGCCAAGAUUGAAAAGAUCAGGAAGAUCGUGAACACAGAGCUCCUGACUGCUUUCAAAAGGAAAAAAGAGAAGAUGAAGAUUAACAAUGAAAAAAUCCUAUUUUGUGCCAUGAGCCGCGCCCAUAUAGAUUCUAUCUGUGCGAAUAAUUUUAACUGGACCAUGCAGGAGACUCUUGAUACCAGAUAUGGAAAAGGAAAUUACUUUAUGAGAGAUGCCAUCUGUGCCCAUAGGAGUUGCCAUCAGGAUUCCAGAAACACCGUGAUGUUUGCCGCCCGGGUGCUGGUCGGAGAUCCCAUCGAAGGGAAUCGGGGCUACACGAGCUCCUCUUCACGGUGGGACAGCUGUGUGGAUUCAAAGUUGAACCCGUCCAUCUUUGUCAUCUUUCAGAAAGAUCAGAUUUACCCGGAAUACGUGAUUGAAUAUACCGAAGCAGAUAAAGAUAAAACCUGCGUGAUUAGUUAGAAAUGACGAAGACACCGUCUUAAAGGAUGCCAAAACCAUUCCGUUCACUUACAGAAGCAGAUGGCCACAGAAAAAUAGUGAAACUUUUUUUUCACAUUUCCUCGCUUCGUUAUCAAAUGCCUUGGAUCGGUGGUCCCCAAACUUUGCUGCACCUUUUAAAUCACCUGGAAACUUAAAAAACCCCCAAGGUCCAGAAUGCACCCCAUUCCAACUAAAUGUUUCAGUGGGUGACAGGCAGCGGUAUGGGGUCACAGAAGUUGGGACCUGCUUGCCUUCAAGGUGACCGGGGAAGACUGAGUUCUGCAACUUUUGUGACUGAAGCAACCUCUCUCUCCUAGCCACACUUACAGUUUACUGGAUGGCCUGGUUUUGUUUGGGUUAAAUUAAAAACGAAUUCAUUUGGGAACUUUGAGAGAAAUCUAAAAAUGCCUGUUGAAAUAAGGACGUAACACAGUGAUUCCAUCCGUGAAUGGAAGAUUGAAAAGUUGGGACAGAGAAUGCUUAGGAACGUGUGGGUGGGAGUAAAGGUAAUUUAAAUGCCAUUACAGACACAGCCACAGUGCUGUGUACAUUUGUAGCAAAACUGAUCUGAGGCAUACAUUUCGUUAUCUCUACGUUUAGUUAGGGGGCUCCAUUCAGCUCGACUCUGGAAUUCAAUGAAGAGUUGCCAAGUGUGGCUCAGAGAGAAGCGCCAACUCGAACUGAUGGCCCAUGUGGGGUCUUGAUAUACUUAUAGCCAAGCAGACAUUUAUAUUCUAACCAGUAUGAUUACAAGCCAGGCUUCUUUCAGGUCAGCUUUCAUGAAGUGUGUGUCUUUUCGGAGUACUGGGUUGUAGUAACCAGAGUCACACAGUCAUGACUGAUAAACCCGAGUGCCCCUGUAGUCAUGGCGGGUGGGGCUCUCCUGGGAAUUGGGAGCAGGGCCCUCCUGUGGAAAGCUGGGCCCCCUAAGGAGGCGAGAUUUGUUCCUGAUGAGCGCAGAACCGGAACAAAGAGAACAGUUGCUCCAAGGGGCCUCGUCCCUGCAAGGGGCUGCUUUUCCUAAGUGGACCGUAUUGUCCGGAAGUAUAGCGCAGUCAGUUUUCAGGUCGGCUGUGGUGUGCGCACCAAGAUCCUUACUAUGAAUCAGGUUUUUCCUUUCCAUUUUCCUUUUCAAACAUUCCACCCCUGUGUCCAAAAUGGCCUGUUUUAGUUCCUUCCAGCAGACAUGUUACAAAAAUUAAUGAGCAUUCUAGAUUUUAUGUUAGUACAAAGCAUGCCACAAACUCCUUGGCUUAAAGGGCUGUACCAGUGACAAAUCUAUGGAGAUUUUUUAGUGUAGGGUUAUUUUCUGGGAGGCUUGCCACAAGUAGUUACUCUCAGUCACUUUUUUUUUUAUGGUAGCUUCUGUUUUGGUUUUCAUUUCCUGAUCUUGACCCUCAUGUUGCAGAGAUGCAGUCUAUCCAACUGUAUCUGACCGCACACUGCACAUCUCUAGUGGGAUAUUUCACAGGCAUCUCUAAGUCAGCAUGUCCAAAACAGAAUUCCCGUUCUGCCCCCCUCAAAUGAAUCUGUUCCUCUCUGUAUUCUGUAAGUCAGUCCGUAGUAUCACCAUCCACACCUCUGCUCAAGCAGAAAUCUAUCCGGCAGUCAUCCGACCCCUCCCUCUGCCUUCCCCAAGGCUCCUAAGCUGUUCCCAACUUAUUUUCCUUUCCCUCUUAAAUAUCUCUUUGCCCCCUUCUAAGUUUUUUACUUAGCCAGAGUGGCCAUAUUUAAAAAAAUGUUUUACUUAAUAAUCUUUCAAAACACAAAUCUGAUCAUGCCUUUAGGGUGAAGUUCCAAAUCAUUAUCAUGGCCCCACGUGAUUGCUCCCCCACCCCCAUCAUUUAUCUUCUCGCACACAAGCUUCGCGAGCUUCCCAUCAGGCCUUUGCUACCCUUUCCACACAGCUCAGUGGUUCUCAGCUAGUGCUCCUUUUUUUCUUUUAUGAUAAAUACUUUGUAACAUCCACUUCAUCCUCAAAACGCAAUUCAGUAGUAACACACUCUGCCUACACACAAUUUUAGAAACAAGUUUAAAAUGAAGUAAUAUGAACAUAAAAGGGAAAUAAAAAGUAUACAACUCGGGCACGACUUGACCAGAAGACCUAAUUAAGUAGUCAGAUGUUUACAUCUACUUACAACGAAAAAUUGGAACUCAAAAGAAGGUAGGAGAUCAGAAGCUGAUUUGUACAAAGAAGUAAGUGGGAAACUACAAUAGCAGGUAGACAAGUGGACCUUAGAAUAGAAAGCAGUGAUACAAUAACUUAUUUGCUUAUGGUAAUACGUAUUUCUAUAAGAACACCUUCAUUGAAAGAAAGCUACUAUGCAAGACAAUCUACAGGUUGUCGAACUGGAGAAAACGAGGACAUAUAUUUCUUGCAGACGUGCCGUAGGUGAUACACGAAUGUCUAUGGAGACAUUCAGAAUCCGUAUAGGGUGUAGAAGAAUUCCUUACCGUGAGGAAGUGUCCAGUGUAUUGCAAACUGUUCAGCAUACUUGGUCCUCACGUACUAAGUGGCAGUAAAGCCCUUCCUGCCCCCAGCGGGGGUGACAGCCACACACCCUAUCAGAUCUAGUCACCUUUUUUCACAGCAUUUUUUAAUAUCCCUUUCGCUGUCCUGAGAUGAUUCAUAGAUAACGCAGUCUAUUUACACACACGCAUUUCUUUAAAAAUCAACUGGUUGCCUAACUCUUAGAAGAGAGAAACAGGAGGAAAGCAGUCUGUGAUAACAAGUAAACUGAAUUUCAAGUGGAAAUGCUCAGGCAUGACUAUGCUAUGCAACAUCAUGAAGUAGGUUAUUUAUUUCUACUUGGAGUGAAUAGGGUUGGACUUCAGAGUCAAUCAGAGGCUACCUCCUGUACAGAAGUGUAGGCCAAUGAAACAUGUAUAUAGGUGACGCUAGAAUGAAGACCAGUAAUGGGGUUAAGUCGUAACAGACCAUACACCUUAUCUGGAAGGGCAGGGAAGGGAAAGAGCGAAAUUACCUUCCUUUAAACAAUGAUAAUAGGACAAGACAAAUUACAGGUUGUCUAAGAGGAGAACAUUGUAUUCUCUCGGGCAAGCUGUAGGUCCUCCAUAUGUGUCCAGCAGGACAUUAGAAAGUCGUAUAGGUACAGAACAAUUCUUCGUUGUGUGGGGUUAGCCCAUACACUGCAAGGCGUCUGCUAUCCCUGGCUGCAUCCGCUGAGCGGCAGUAACAGUCCCCAGUUGUUAGGACACCAGCAUCCCAUCAAUUUUCCAAACUGUCACUGCUGAGAACCACUUAGUUCAUUUCCAGCAUCUUCAGCUCGUUUACCUCCAUCAGGAGUCCUAUAGCUGAAAUCGGAUGUUUGCCUCUCAAAUGCCCAGUUUUUAAAAUACGGUGUGCCUUGCCUUGUUCGUUUUUAGCAUCUCUCUGCCUGGAAGCUGUCUGCUUUAGAAUGUAAGCUCCUCGAGGGCCGAGUCAAGCCGUCUCGUUCACUGUGCCAUACCUCAUAACGGGCUGAGCGCUUCAUAUGCUGAUAACAUUAAUUUUGUUGAAUAAAGUAAGCUCCAACAAUUUA